AGUCUGUGAGGUUUAAAGAAAAUCUCUUUUUAACUAAUUCUAUGUCUUGGCAGGACAGAGCACUAAGACUGGGAAGAGGGGAAAGUGCUACUUAAGGACUUACCGAGCUGCUGCAUGACACCAGUUUUAAAGCACAUCAUACAAGUGCCUACUUUUGCUCUCAGAGCUCGGUUUAGGUCAGUAAUGGUCUUCAUUUCACAUUCUCUCAGUUGAGUUGUUCUCCCUUUAGACUCACAGCACAUGUGCCUAAUGUCCUGGAAUGUGACCUGUCCUCACCUGCAGCACUGCCUGCACCACCCGGAGCCGUGGAUGCAGCAGCUCCUGCUAGAGUCGUUGUACCCUGCCAGCUCUCCCUUCCUGCUGAUUAGCUGGAAGUGUCUGUUCUUGGCCUCGUUGUCCCUGACACUGAGAUGCUUCCCUGGCUGAUGGCCUGAGACCACUUUUGAUGGUCUUACAAGAUGAUGCCAGCACCUCCUCAGCUCCUCACACACUGCCCAGCACCCGGCACCGAUCAGAGCCACACUGCAACCCAGGGAGAGAGGUGAAUGUCUCAGGAUGCUGGUUUUAAUUAAUCAUACCCUUAAAAAGGUUCUAAAUGAUACAUAAAGAAAAAUAUCAACAAUGAUAGCUUGGCUAUUUUUGAGCUAAUCCCUGCAGAGACAGGUGAGCUACACCCUGCAUGCCAGCCCUGCUAAUCCAACGUUGCUGCCCAACUCUGAGGCCUAAUUUAAGUAAGAUUAAUUUGGUGUUUAAUCUAAUCACUGUUCCUGGAGUCCACAGAACACUAUGGUGAUAACCCAAGAGAUCUUUCCAGGCAGCCACAGCCCAUGCCAGUAAACACCUCCUGCUGCCCAGGUGCCACCACCCAGCAGUCUGCUUUCCAGCCCUGCUUUCCCUUUUGCUUUCAUUCCUGCCCCAGCUCAUUUCCCUGUUGUGUCUCUGUGCUCCAUGGCACCUGCACAUUGGGGCAUUUCUUGGCGCAUUCACAUAUGGACAUUCCAUCAAAACCACCAUACCUGGCAAGGUAGAGGGACCUUCUUUUUUAUGAGCUUCCAUAAAUGAUAAUGACACUCACUUGGGCUGGCAGGUGCAAAGAUCAGCCCUGUCAGGCCUGUAUAUUUCAUCGCAUUUCCUCCUUUUCCCAUAACUCAUCCUAUCUACUCCACGGAGAGAAGCUGCAACCAGUUUGACAGAGUACCAGAAGAUCGUGCUCGUAUCCACACCAGCAUGGGAAACUUCCAGAGCUUCUUCACCACCUGGGCAAGAAGGCUCUGCCCAGGCUGUGCAAGUGAGGAUGCCAAUAAAGCCAACAACCUCACAGUUCACAUGGAGAUGGGAGCAGUGACUGGAGAAGACAGCCAGCCCAGCUCCACAGGUUCCAAGGGUGAUGGCAAUGGAAACAGCAGAUCACAGGCAGCUCAGGGCACAGACCUGAACGGCCGGCGUGGCCCCACGGGUCCCUGUGAGCAGACACCACCCAUCACCUCGGGCACUGACAAAGGAACCCAAGUGACAGUGGAGAUUCACCACGAGGACACCAGCCCCCAGCUCAUCAAGAGACUCUCCUUGGGAAAAGGUUCCCAGAGGCUGAGAGGACAUGACAACAAAGGUGAAACUCUGCUCUGUCAAGCUCUGCUCUGUUUCCAGAAGACUGAGGCCCCACGGCCACCGGGAGCAAAGGACCUCCAUGCAUAUCCAUGGGACAAAUCCUCUUUGAAAUCCAUGCCAGUAGAUCUGCAGCAAUUAAAGAAGCUGGAUGCCUACGCAUUAAAAGUGAACGUCACCAACAGCGUGGAGGAGCUGGUGAAAGCCCUGCUGAAACAAGCCCGGACUGACCUGGAAAAGGUUCGAGCCAUAUGGAUGUGGAUAUGCCAUCACAUAGAAUACGACGUCGUGGGCUACCACAACAAAAGCCAGCUGUCGAGCAAGCCCAGAGACGUGCUUCAGAUGGGCAAGAGCAUUUGUGAGGGCUAUGCCGAGCUCUUUGAACAUAUGUGCAGUCUCGCAGGGAUUCAGUGCAAGAAGCUCUCGGGACAUGCCAAGGGACACGGGUACAAGACAGGGCAGACCUUCACAGGGGACUCUGACCAUGCCUGGAACGCUGUGUACCUCGAGGGAAGGUGGCAUUUACUGGACAGCACCUGGGGGAGCGGCUCUGUGGAUGAUUCCUUCACCAAGUUCACCUACAGGUACAAUGAGUUUUACUUUCUGACUCACCCAGCCCUGUUCAUUAACAAUCACUUCCCAGAUAACAGUAACUGGCAGCUUCUUAAGCCCACGCUGACGCUGAAGGAGUUUGAGAACAACAUGCUGCACAACAGCAACUUCUACACGCUGGGGCUGCUGGCUGCACACCCAGAGACUCCCAUCAUCCAGACAGUAAAUGGAAAAGCCUCUGUAUCCGUGGACUGCCGCUCCGGCACGUUAUUUAUGUUCAAGCUGAAGGGAACAGACGAACACGGUUUGAUGACUUUGAAAAGACACGGAAUGCAGCUGGAUAUCUACCCACAGAAGACAGGGAGCCACAAGCUGGAGAUCUUUGCCAAGCCCUCCAAGGCCGAGGCUUCGGAUGACGUCUACAAGUGCGUGCUGGAGUACGUGGUGGAGUGCGAGUCCGUGGACAAGGCCAUGCGCUUCCCCAAGGAGCUGCACCAGCCCGUGGGGCCCAGCUGGUUCUCCGAGCGCCAGGGCUUCCUGCGGCCCUCGCACGGCGAGCCCGUCCUGCACACCAACGACGGGCGCUGCUCCCUCACCUUCACCCUGAGCAAGGACAUCAGCGUCCUGACCUCGCUGCACAGCGACGGCAGCGGCAGCCUCGCGGAGGACAUGGGCAGGCGGCACGUGCUGCAGGUCCACCGCAGGAACCAGGUGGAGCUGAAGGUCCAGCUCCCGCACGCGGGGAGCUUCGUUCUCAAAAUCUACUCCAAGAAGAAGUCGGACCCGGGUAAUUACGAUUACAUCUUCAACUACCUCAUCAGGUGCCUGAACACGGAGGUGAAGUGGCCAGCCUUCCCCCAGAGCUACAGCAAGUGGCUGCAAGACUACGAGAUCCUGGAGCCGCUCUCGGGCCUGCUGCCGGCCAACCGCAACGUGCACUUCAAACUCAAAAUGCACGGCGUUGCCAAGGUGCUGGUCCAGGCUGAGAACACCUACCCCCUCACCCAGAACAAGGGCUGCUGGGAGGGAACCUGCAACACCUCGGGGUGCAGAGAGGUGUUUGUGAUGGUGCACGAGAACGCCAACCACAGCUUCUACUCGCACGUCCUCAAAUACGAAGUUGAGGCCCAGUAACACCCACUCCUUGUUCUUUCACUCACCUGCAUGAACCAACCUCCCCAACACGCCCCAAACCAGCAGUUUUAGGAGAUUGCUCAUUCUCUCAACCAAAUCUGUUAUUUCAACAAAUGCAGGACAACACUUGCAGGCUUUUGUGAGACUGCAGGCUCAAAGAUGGUCAAGGAAGCAGAAAAUCCUGUUAAAAAAUGGAGCAGCAGUGGAAGACAUGAGAUAAAACCAUCACCUACAGUUCAGUAACACUGUCCAGACAAAUAUUUAGAAGAAAACAACUGACUUGUUUUCUUUCAAACACAGAAUGUCUCUGCAGGGCAUUCUGUGCCAGCAGGGAUUCCUGGUUUCCAAGUUAUGGACCAUAAGAAAAGUCUUACAAGUGCUACUCCAAGAAUUCACCUGGUUGUGGGGCAGGAUGAAGAAAGUGUACCCUGGUUUUGAGCAGCCACAUUGGACAUGAGGAACUUCAGGAUAUUUAAACCAACUUUCAUUACAACUGUAGUCAAGUUGCAAAAUGCAUCCGAGGAGAGAGAAGAGUUAGGAAGAAAAUACAACAUGAAGUUUCCUUGUGCACUUCACUGUCUUACAGAUUUCAAUAAUACUGGAAAUUUUUUUUACACUGACUCUUAAAUACAAUAAACAAAAUAAUUUUUACCUUUUUGUAUUAGAGUAUUGUAGAAACUUUUUCUGCUGUAAUUCUAUCUGAAGCAUAUGGGUGCUUCCAUAAGGAAAACUACAGUAAAAAUGAGAAUAAAGCUCUCAGAAAUCACUCCUUCCUCCAACCUGUCUAUGCAAUAUUGCAGCUAUAAACUGACGGGGUUACGUGGGACAGCAGGCUGAGUGACAUUAUUAUCAUGUAACAAACCAUUUGGUGCUGUACUCUUGGAAAAUGCCUACAUGCACAAGGCAAAGAGGGGCUUCUACUGAAUCCCACCACUACUGCACAUCCUGAGAUGGAUUUUCCUAACUGAUUCAGAUGCCUGUGAGCGUUAGCAUGACCCAAGAGGUAUUAUGUUUGAGCUUGAAUUGAAAAUAAAUCUGUUAUGGUUUUGCA